CCCUAAACGUGGUUUGUUCACACCGCUGACCGACUACAACCAUGAGUGCAGGCUGUACGAUUGCAUAAGGAAUAUGAUAUUUAUCCUCGUCACGUUUCCGCUUCCUACUUUUACGUUAGCUAAAUAGCUCACAACAGAGAUGUCGGGUUGGAGGCGGCUGCAGGUGAAGUUUCGGACGGCGGGAUUACUCACCUGGACGCGGGUAACCCAGCGGCACACAGGCCGGAGUGGUUGGUUAACCUUUUGUCAAAGCUUGAGCACAGGUGGACCUCUACGAAAUGACUUCUUUAAAGACCUGGAGGCUCAGUUGGCAGCAAUGAGGAAGAAGGCAGCGGAUGCGCUGCCAGGUAGUAGCUGGAGCCCCUUUGAGUUUAACCCCGACCUUCCUCCAGAGAGGGCGGACGUCGUGAUCGUUGGAGGGGGUGUGAUGGGCUGGUCCAUCGCCUACUGGCUUAAGAAGAAGGAGAACAAGUCUGCAGGGAUGAAGGUCAUUGUCGUGGAGAGAGACCCAACAUACUCCCAGGCCUCCACGGUGCUGUCUGCAGGAGGAAUCCGUCAGCAGUUCUCCCUGCCGGAGAACAUCCACCUCUCCCUGCACUCUGCAGACUUCCUGAGGAACAUUAAUGACCAUCUCGGCGUGGUGAACGAGGACCCCAUCGACCUGCAGUUCAACCAUUCAGGAUACCUGUUUUUAGCCAGUGAGGCGGUGGCUCACAUCAUGGAGGAGAAUUACAGCACUCAGAGGUCCGCUGGAGCCAAAGUUUCUCUUAUGUCUCCAACCCAAGUGAAGGAGAGGUUUCCGUGGAUAAACACGGAGAAUGUGGCGCUCGCUUCCUACGGUCUGGAGAACGAGGGCUGGUUCGAUCCCUGGACUCUGCUGAAUGCCUUCAAGAGGAAAGCCAUUUCCAUGGGAGUGAUCCAGUGCUGUGGAGAGGUCACAGGUUUUAGUGAUACGACAAACGUUCUGAUGAAUCGUGAUGGAGAAGAAGUUCACCUGAAGAGGAUAAAAUCUGUUAAAGUACAGAUGCCCAACAGCAUGGAGUUUCAGCCGGUGGAAUGCGCCAUCGUGGUGAAUGCAGCCGGAGCGUUUUCUGGAAAACUGGCAGAGAUGCUGGGAAUUGGCCUCGGCCCCAAAGACUCCAUCGCUGGUCUCCCGGUGCCUGUGGAGCCUCGGAAGAGGUAUGUGUAUGUGGUUCAUUGUCCCAACGGUCCAGGUCUGGACACCCCGUUUCUGAUUGAUUAUUCGGGUGUUUACAUCAGGAGAGAAGGCUUGGGGGGGAACUACAUCACCGGAGUUUCACCGGAGGAGACAGAGGAGCCGGACACCAGUAAUCUGGAGGUGGACCAUCAGUUUUUUGAGGACAAGGUUUGGCCAAAAUUGGCCAACCGAGCUCCGGUGUUUGAAAACCUUAAGGUGACCAGCGCCUGGGCUGGUUUCUAUGACUACAACACCUUUGACCAGAACGGCAUCAUCGGUAAUCACCCCCUCAUCACCAACAUGUACUUUGCCACCGGGUUCAGCGGCCACGGCCUGCAGCACUCGCCUGCUGUGGGUCGCGGAGUUGCAGAACUCAUCCUGGAUGGAGAAUUUCAAACUUUGGACCUGAGCGACUUCAGCUUCAGGCGGAUUCUGGUGCAUGAGCCCAUGUUGGAGCGGAACAUUGUGUAGCAGGGUGAAAACACAGGGACUCUAAAAUCAUCUAAGCUGAACCAGGAUUGAAAUUCAAUCGUGUGAAAAUGUCUUCAUUCAGUGACGACCUCUGCAGCUUCUUUCCACAGACUGCUGCAACGUCACAUUAGUCUCCUCGUCUUUCUGAUCUUCCUUCGGUUAGACGUUCAUGUUUCCAAUGUUUCAACAAGAUUCUUGAAUUUGUUCAUUUAAUUUGUAGAAGAACUCUAAAUAUUAUAAAUCUGAGUUUUUCACACACAUUGAACACAAAACAGUUGAACAUAAAGAUAAAGGACUGUUCUCAUUUACAAUAUGUACAAGCAAUUGACUUCCUGUGGUGAAUUUUGUUUACUGCAGCCCAUUUUUAACACUAAAGGGUGACUUUCUCACUCCUGCAUGAGUUUCAUGGCUGUUGCUAGCUAAGGAUCAGCACAGGAAGAUUCCAGAUGAAGAGCGAAGACCAGUCAUACACAGUAAGUUGACAAUUGGGUAAAUACAUUUCACUGUGAAAUCGAGUUGCUGGAGAUUCAAAAAGUAGUUUGACAAUUUUUUUUAGGGCUGACCAUUUGCUUCUAAUUCACUGUUAGCGUUGUUAGUUCAACGUUAGCCUCUAGCCUGCUUCACCUAAAAUUAGAGUAAAACAAAAAACUCACACGAAACAAAAGAUGCCGUGGCUUCUUAUGAGCACAAGAAAUAACUUCUGGGUUGCUCCUGUUUACUGGUGACAGUGCUGCGUUUCACUGGCCGGUGUCGAGUUACAAUUGUCUGCGCUGCAGCGCAGAUUCGACACCGCACAGGCUCACAGAUUGUAAACAAAAACUGUGUCCCUCUUUGGCCAUUUUCAAAGGAUAAAAGCUGGCUGAGAAAGAAAUUUCAGUACAACUUUCAUUAUUUCCUUUGAGAAAUUAGACUGUUUGAUUAUUUCACUGUAGAAUUCUUGCUUUUAAGAUUCUACUUUCCUACAAUAAUAAAAAUGGGUUUGAAACUUUCA